UAUGAAUUUGCAGGCCUUUCACUAGAACUUAAAGAGGGCUCAAUUAAAAUUUCUGUGUCCAUUAAAAACUAUCAAUACGAGAGUGUUUUCAAUACCAUUCAACUUCAAUUUAGAUCAAAAGUUAGUGUUAAUCAAAAUGGUAACGAUUGUAACUCUGGAGAUACAAAUUUUUCAACAGAUGAAUUGGAUAAAAAUCAAUUAUUAAACUAUGUUAGUAUCACUAAAAACCAAAAGGUCUUAACUGGAAGAUUUGUUAAUAGAGCCAUAAGUGAUGGAAGACCAACAUUUAUGAAAACAAAGGCUGUUUCAACUUCAAGUGAUACAUUAAUUGUUGGUAUUGAACUUCCUCAUUGUGUAGAAGAAUGUUUAAUAGAUCCAGAUUUCUCUGUAUUAGUUUCUCCAAAUUUCUCAGAUUGUAAAAAGACCCGUGCUGCCUGGGUACUACCUGUUGCCAUCGUAGUUCCAUGUGUUACAGUUGCUGCUCUUAUUAUUAUUGUAUCUUAUUUAUAUAGAAAACAUCGUAUGACUAUUUUAAUGGCUAAAGACAAAUAUAAAUUUUCUUUAAAAUCACUAUCAAGAAAA